AUGGGCCAUGUCGUUGAAGAUGCGGCGUUCAUUCAGAGUCCUGGACGUCCUGCUAACAUCAAUGACGAUGUGUCCAGGACGUCUUCAUCAACGGGUGUCGUGCCUAAUGGAGUUGUUGGGGCUGGUACAACUACUAGUGGAGAGGUACAACUACCUUCAGCUUCACCGUCCUCACCUCCAGUUGUACCUUCACCGUCCUCACCUCCACCGCUAUCCGAGCGCUAUAUUUCUGUGCAGCUUGAUCGCAUGCCAGUACUCACAAGAAUCCGCGCUCAAAAUGUAGUCGUUAUUACUGAGGCAGAAAGGGAUACGCUUUUACGAGAACUGGAACGAGGAGUUCUUCAACAGGUGGCUUCAUCUUCUGGAGAGCAGGUAGUGGAUCUUGUAGUUGUCAACACGAACCACGAGAUGGACGGCGCUGUCAACGGGAACGAGGUCGCCGCACAUAGAAAUCGUCAAGACUCCGGCAACGGAAACGGUAUUGAACGCGGGUUUGAUAGAUCUUUGAGGUCUAUGAGUUCCCGUAGUCGUAGUUCGGGACAAGGAGGACAGCAGGAUAUUACCAACACGGCCAUUUUUGGUCCCAGUAGCUCACCCGCUGCGCCUGUUUCUGUUUCGGGACACGACGGGAGGUUCUCACCUCCCGGUCGAGGAGGUUUUAGACACCACAGUGCCCGAACAGGACAUCAUCACCGUAACCUUCCUAGUUCAUAUCCUGCAGGUGGAGGAGUUCGAGUUCACAGUGGCCUCACCAGAGGACCGCGUUUUGCUCACGCGGAUAUCGGUCAAUUACGUAGUGAGCUGCGUGCUCGCCUUGAGUAUGGGCGAACAAGAUGGAACGAUCGCGCUUUGGACCUAGUCGUUAACGAGAGUGCAGUGCCGAUAUUCCAACAUGCGGAUUUGUCUCGUGAAGAAGCUUCUAGAGAGGCAGGAGAAGCUAUACUAGACGAACCCUUGAUGCGUCGUU